AAAUUGUGGAAAACCGCAUGAAUUGUAUGUGUUUAACGAGUGUCAACUGGGUGUAGGCUCCACACGUAGCAGCAGAGAUCCGAAAUGUAUCGUUUGCUGAGCUCAAAUCGAGCCGCAGCCAUGCACAAGGUGCUCCGAGCGCCACCCACGGCCAACGGCACGACAACGGCGUGCUGCGAUUGCGGUGGGACCUUUGCAACGCAGAAUUUCGUACAUUAUCAGCAGUACUAUCAGAUGCUAUACCGCCAAAUGCCGGCAAUUACUGCAACACCAUUCGCACACCGGCCACAGACCACUGCACCGACACAGACGGAGGCCGAGAGCCAUGGAAAGAAGAAGCGCUUGCGCAAGCCACGCUACGCCAAGUAUGUGGAGCUGCUGGAGGUCACUGAGCAGACCGCCAGCGAACGAAAGUCGCGCGUUAAGCGCCUCAAGUCGAAGAAGCUGGCCGAGUUCAUACAGAAAACCCAAAUGCAAAUACUGGAGAAGCGGGCCCGGGAAGAAAAACGCGGCUUGAAGAAGGGCAAAGUCGGCCUGGAGCUGGACAUGUCCCAGCGGCAGCCCGUGGAGUAUCAGAAAAUCGACAUGGAGGCACUGGAUGGGUCCAUUUUGGAGUCUGGCAUAUACGAUGACCGGCCUAUGCUCUUCUUUGGCAAGGACGAGUACACAAAACAAAUCAUCGCGAGACCCGAAGAGGUGCAAAACAUCCUCAAGAGUUUUCACAACUUUCGCGAUAUCAUCGAGAGCAUGGGGAGUGAGCAGCAGGAAGCCGAUUUCGGCCUCAGUGCACCCAAGCCCGUGGACGAGCUGGAAGUGGUGGAUCCCUUUGAGACCAUAGAACCCUACAUCAAUCCUUUAGACAAAAUCAGACCCGCUGUCACAGCUGUCGUUGUGCCCAACGCCAGCUCAGUUACAGCCAAGUCCAAAAAGCGAUUCAAGUCAAAGGUUCACGUGAAUGAGGAGCAGGAGCGUCUGAGCAAGCAGCGAGCAUUGCAAAUCAAUUUGCAUACCUAUUUGAAUGUCUGUGUCUCCGCCAAUAUGCUGAGUCGAGCCCUGUCCACCAUCAUUGCGUAUCGCAGCCGGAUCAAGAAGAGCUCGAGUCCACGUCUGACCGAAGGCCUCCUCACGAUUGAUCUCUACAACAUCUUGCUGCAUGGGUAUGCGAGCAAGGGAUCCUUCGAGCGCUUCGAAGAUAUCUUUAAGCUGCUCGAAGAGGAUGGCUUGACGUUCAAUGAACAAACCUAUGCGGCCAUCUUCGAGUGUUUGGGUCGUUUAGAACCAGACGAACAGAACCAGCAGAAGCUGUCCCAGUACAUAUCCCAAGCUGAGGAUGAAGGCUUCACUUUGAACCAGAUUAUGGAUAAGUCUAAGUUCGUUGCCGAUCAACGUGACAUUGCCCUGGAUGCACUACGUCGGAUUCGUCCCAAUUUCACGCCUGUCUAUGUGCCGCCGCUACUGGGAUAUGACAACGAGCUUCUGAAUCAUCUGAACGAUCAUGUACUACCAGUGGGCGCAGAUACUGAAGCGAGAACAACGGAUGCAGACUGCUCCAUUAUGAAUUCGAAGAGGGGUUAUAGCAAAGCGAAACUAGAGCAACUCGCUCGCGAUCAGCUGAAAGUAGAACUAGACGGCUGCAUCACCAUCAAAUCGAUCGAGAAAACCAAAGAGUUUGCCAAUGCUGAUAAAUGCCGCGAACGACUGAAGGAGCUGGAGCAGAGUUGGCGUAAACAAAUCUCGACAGCUAUUGUACGCGACCUCAACACGUUGCGUGCCCAAGUACGCUUCAAGCCGCAUGGCUACAUGAACUACUACACAUAUCUGAAGUCCCUGGACACCGCACAUUUUGCCGACAUACUCAUCAAGGAGCUGUACAAGCUGGGCGAGGGUUCGGAGACGUUUAGUCCGACGGUGGGGCAGCUGUACAAGGAGCUUGGCGAGAAGGUGCAGCAACGCUAUCAGAUCGAACAGAAGAAGCACAACGGCACGCUUGAGAAGGUCGGUGAGAUUUACAGUUCCUAUUGCGAUCUCUGGGACAGUGGCAAUACCCAGGACAAUGCACGACAGGCGUGGCAGCGUCUGGUGCACGAGCAGAGGGAGAGCGGACCCAGCAUGGAUCUGCCCGAGGUUCCAUGGCCGUCGAACGUGCUGGCCGGUGUGGGUCGAUUUCUAUACAACAUUCUGAUGCGCGACAUCAAGAUCGAUCCGCACAUAAUGCGUCAGAAGAGUAAAUCGAAGACCACCUCAUCACAGAACCUGCUUCCCGCCUUCUACACAUUGUUCCGCAAUCAGGGUCGCCUCGUUAAAGAGGAGGUGAAGCCGCACCCGGUGCUCUCGAGAUUACUGCGUGGCUCGCGACAGCAGACUCUCACCUUUGACUCCAAUCUGGUGCCGAUGCUGUGUCCCCCGCAACCCUGGAGUACGCCCCACAAUGGUGGUUACCUGCUAAAUAAAUCCGAGUUGAUUAGACUGCCACAUCAGGCCAUUCAGCAGUGGGAGCGGAUACGGGCCUCGAAUCCGCAGCAUCUCUACCCUGCAUUGGACUCGCUCAACCAACUGGCCAGCGUUCCGUGGCGCGUGAACACCCAGCUGCUGGAUGUCAUCAUCGAGGUAUUCCAGAAUGGUGGCGAUGCCAAGCUGGACGUGCCCCAGCCGCCCACUUCCCUGCCGCCGCUGCCAACCAUCCUCAAAAACAGCGAGGGCAGUGGCGUCUCCAAUGCGGAUCUCGCCAAGCAAUUCCGCGAGAAGCUCGGCCAUCGACGGAAGAAGGCCGAGAUGUACAGUCUGUGGUGCGAUGCCCUCUACAGGUUGUCCCUGGCCCAACAUUACCGCGACAAGGUCUUCUGGCUGCCGCACAACAUGGACUUCCGAGGACGCGUCUAUCCUGUGCCGCCACAUCUCAACCAUUUGGGUUCGGAUCUGGCUCGUUCGAUGCUCAUCUUCGAUCAGGCCCAGCCGCUGGGCGUCGAUGGAUUUAGUUGGCUCAAGCUGCACUGCAUCAAUCUGACCGGCCUCAAGAAGCGCGACUCGGUACGCGAGCGUCUGCUGUAUGCGGAGGAGAUAAUGCCGGAGAUACUGGACUCGGCGGAUAAUCCUCUCACCGGUGGCAUGUGGUGGGCCAAGUCGGACGCACCGUGGCAGACGUUGGGCUGCUGCAUGGAGAUAGCCAAUGUACAUCGUUGCCCCGAUCCAGCCGCCUAUAUGAGUCGUUUUCCCAUUCAUCAGGAUGGCUCCUGCAACGGGCUGCAACAUUAUGCAGCUUUGGGUCGUGACAAAGCGGGCGCCUACAGCGUCAACCUGGCACCGUCGCCCAUACCGCAGGAUGUGUACAGUGCAGUGGCCACGCUGGUGGAGCGCGGUCGGAAAGCCGAUGCCCAGAACGGACUGCAUGUGGCCGAGGCGCUGGCUGGAUUCGUGCGCCGUAAGGUUAUCAAGCAGACGGUGAUGACUACAGUCUAUGGUGUGACCCGCUACGGGGCCCGACUGCAGAUAGCGCGACAGCUGAAGGACAUCGAUGACUUCCCCAAGGACUGGGUGUGGCCGGCGUCAACUUACCUAACGACCAAGACGUUCGAGAGUCUACGUGAGAUGUUCACAUCGACGCGAGAGAUCCAAGACUGGUUCACGGAGUGUGCGCGUCUCAUUUCGGGCGUGUGCAGCCAGAACGUGGAGUGGAUCACCCCGCUGGGCCUGCCCGUGGUGCAGCCGUACAACCGGCAGGAGAUAAAACACACCUCACGUACCGGACUGCGCGUCAACGCCAACAUGUCCAUGGACAUGUACGAACGGCCCAACAUCCUCAAGCAGAAGAACGCCUUUCCGCCCAACUUUAUCCACUCACUGGACUCGUCCCACAUGAUGCUCACCUCGCUACACUGCGAGCGGAAGGGCAUCACCUUUGUGUCCGUGCACGACUGCUUCUGGACGCAUGCCUGCACUGUGCCCGAGCUGAAUCGCAGCUGCCGGGAGCAGUUUGUGGCACUCCACUCGCAGCCAAUUCUCGAACAACUCUCGGACUUUAUGCGGAACACGUACAGCUUCAAGGACAACGACUUCACUAACGAUGGCUCCGUGGAGGAUCUCUCCAAGCGCCAGCUGAAUCGCACCCUCAAGCAACUGCCUCAAAAGGGGGACUUUGAACUGCGCAACGUACUCGACUCGAUCUACUUCUUCAGCUAGGAUAUGGUUAUUCCCACUAAAGCUACACGUACAAACAACAAACAACAACAGUGCCUAAUUUUAAUUCUAUUCAUUAGCUCUACGCAAUAUUACUACAUAUUUAAUUUGUUGAAAAAUUCGGCCUUUGAUACCAAAAAACAAACAAAAAAAAAACCAACGAGAUCGUCGAGUGGAUCGAUGCCAAAUGUGAUUUUGUAAACUGCUUAUUAAAAUUAUUCCUUUUAAUUGUUUAAAA